AUGCCACCCAUCCGAACCUUCAAAUCCGCCCCUAUAAACCCUCACUCAGCUCAUAAUGAUUCCGCGCAGCAAGAGCAGACGCAGACGGAGACACAACAAGACAAUACCAGCGAUGACUCGACAAAUAACGUCCCAUCCUGGACCCCAGCUACACCCACCACAGUCCUGAAUACUGCCUCAUAUCCAGCCGCGAAACCAGGUGCAUAUGCAGUGCCGGCGCCUACUUCCUCGUCUUCAACGGGCACUACGUUUGUGACGCCUACAAAGACAUUUCCAUAUACAGACGGCAGUGGCACUGAAACCCCGUCACCGCCAGCGCCUCAACCGGUUAGUCGACCAUCACCUACUGCAAGUACAGGACAAAGAGCAGGAAAAGGAGGAAUCCCUCCGCCGCCCAAAAAGGGUGAACCAGUUCAACCGGCCUCGUACUAUGCGCCACCGCAAGGGAUGACGACAGCAACGGCGACGUCGUCGAUAGCUACGUUGCCAAAUAUGGGAGUACAGCCGCAGCAGCAACAGAAUUAUUAUUAUCCUCCGGUCGAGACUCGGAGUGCGUCGUCGACGAUACUGGGUAGUAAUAAUACUAAUAAUAGUGCUUUUGAAGGCGAUGAGAGUAUAGGGCAGGAUAUAUUGAAUACGACGAAGUCAUGGAUGGCGAGUGCGGGUGAGAAACUUGCGGAGGCUGAGGAGGGGGUUUGGAGGUUUGUUAAUUCGAAGUGA